ACGUAAUCUAAUGACCAUCGUAUUCCAUGCAACUACUAAUAGUGAAAAGGCUAGAGGAUUGCGUAUUGAAUACAGUUUUGAAACUAUCGAAUGUGGUGGUGUUUUUACAGAAAAUAAGGGAUCGAUAGAUAAAACCGUAAACGGUGAAGACUGUAUUAUAAUUCUUGAAGCUCCCGAAGGAAAACACAUCAAGUUGGACAUGGAAUACACCAUUUAUGGAGAUAGUGGCGCACUUUUAAUAUAUGCCAAUCAAACAGCCGGAAGAGAUUUCCUUUUGAAAAAUGUCACAAGAUCAUCUGAAAUACGGGAAACAUUCAACUUUAAUACAAUUACCCUUAUAAUGAAUCAACGAAUGAAAAUAUCCGGAUCAUACGAGUUUAUCAGUACAGUACAAGCUUGUGGUGGCAAUUAUAGUACAUUGUAUGGAGCCGUCACAUCGCCAUCAUGGCCCAGAGCAUAUCAAGCAAAUCUUGACUGUGUUUGGGUAAUAACAGCACCUUUGGGAAACAAAAUCGAAUUACAAGUACAUAAUUUCACCUUGGAACCCUCAUGUUCCGGAGAUAUUUUAGAAAUAAGGAAUGGAAAAUUCUCAACUUCACCAUUAAUAGGGCGCUACUGCGCCAGUGAAAUACCCUCCCGCUUAGCAUCGUUUACCAACAGCUUGUAUAUAAGAUUUACUAGUGACAGCUACAUCGAAGGUCCGGGAUUUUAUCUUAACUGGGAACAGACUACAACAGGAUGUGGUGGCAAAUUAACUGCAUAUAAAGGUUCUAUACACCCUCCACACUAUGACUCCACUCCAGAGGUAAUAGCCAUACAUAAUAUUCACAUGAUUUGCGAUUGGCAAGUAGUUGUUUCUCAAGGAUCAUCCAUAGAUUUGAGAGUAACAACUUCCACAGAUGAGUUGGAGUUUUGUCGUAAAAAUAAUUUGAGAAUUUAUGAUGGUGGUUCCACCUUAAGUCCUUUACUUCAAUUUAACUGCAGUAACAUUCUAAAGGGACAGAUUAUGCAAUUAAAAUCUACCUCAAAUCAACUUUUAAUUAUUUAUACUUUAACACAAAACUCCAAAUAUGAGACUCCCGAGUUUGUACUCGACUAUGAAACCAACUGUAAAACUGUUAUUGAUAAUUAUCGUGGUGUAAUUGAAUCGCCCAAUUUCCCUGAAAACUAUCCCGAGAAUCAGAAUUGCGCUUGGGAUCUUAAGGCGGGUCGCAACAACAAAUUAACAUUAGUAUUUUCCCACCUUAAUAUGGAGGUGGAUGAUAUGACAUGCGAAUAUGAUUAUGUCGAAGUUUGGGAUAUGAAAGACAUGGAUAUAUUGAAGAAACAUCAUUUAUGCACCUAUACAUCGGAACCGUUAACAUCUGAGGGAAAUCGUAUGAUAAUACACUUCGUUACCGACUAUUCCAACAACAAAAAUGGUUUCCGAUUGGAAUACACGCGCAAGGGCUGCGGAGAGCAUAUGGAUAAUGCAUUUGGUUACAUCACUUCACCCAAUUAUCCCUACAGCAAUGAUUUGGAUUGUGAUUGGUUUAUUGAGGUGCCACCGGGAAAACAAAUAUUUUUGAAUGUGGUGGAGUUCCAUAUAGACAGUGAUAGUCCGGAUUGUAACCAGAAUAUGUUACAAAUUAAAGAAUUUAAAAAUUCCAGCAUAGAACUUGGUAAAGAAUGCCAAGAACAGCAAAUUCCUUUAUCGAUUACAUCCCCGGCCAAUCGUUUAUAUGUACAUUUUCGUACGAGUGCCACAAGAUCUCGUAAAUACUUUAAGGCAUUUUAUCACACCAAAGUGGCCUCGUGUGGUGGCUCAUUUAGAGGUACAUCUGGCUUUAUUAGUUCUUCAAAUUAUCCUUAUUCGCCCAAUGCCCAGUCUUACGAUUGUAUUUGGGACAUCACCGUACCCGACUCGUAUGGCAUUCGUUUAGACUUUAACGAAUUUCAUCUUAGUGACUCUCCAAACUGCACUGAGGCUUCAAUGGAAUUUUCGAAAGUUACGGGGGCAUCUAUUCAAUAUUUGGACAAAUUUUGUGGCGUAGAAAUGCCGAAUAUUAAACUUGUGCACGGCAAUCAUUUGAGAAUCGAAUACAAAGAUAGAGGCAAGCAAAGUUUGGGAAAAUUUGCCAUAGAAUUUAAAAAACAAUGCGGAGGUCUAAUAACGGAGUCAGUUGGUUACAUUAAGUCUUUGGCCACAGAAGAAUGCAUUUGGGAAUUUGAUGUGAAGCCAGGCACUCUAAUAAGUCUCAACAUUUUACAAUUGGAUUGUUACUGUCGUAUGAAUAACGACAACGUGGAAUUGUGUAAAAAUGGUUUAGGGUUUAAAGAAAAUCAUUUUGAUGAUAACCUACAGUCAGGCAAUUAUACUCUGUAUACGUGUGAAGAUCACCAAACCGAUCUGGUCUUCGAGGCAUCAAAAUUACACAUCUUUGCCAAUAAUAUUAAUUUCCGUGCCAAAUAUUCCACAAUACAGCAUUCAUGUGGUGGCUAUAUAGAAUCGGCGAAGGGUUCAUUGGCUUCUCCCUACUAUCCUUCGACAUAUCCACCAAAUAUUGAAUGUACUUGGGUGUUGCAAGGAACUAAAGGUAGUUUCCUGGAAUUGCAAUUCGAUCAAUUGGAUAUUGCCAACUCAGAACACUGCAAUGAAGAUUAUUUGGAAAUAAGAAGCUGGUCAGAGAGCAAAGUAUUGGGUAUAUAUUGCGGCUUAGAGAAACCCGAAAAUACUUUGGUCUCUUUUGAGAGAUUUUGGUUAAGAUUCCAUAGUGCGGAUGGUAGCACCGGCAAAGGUUUUAAACUAUCUUGGAACUAUGCUCAUCUAAAUGAUUUAGUAAAUAUUACUCAAGGAUACAUAUCAAAUCCCCCCAUUAAUAUGGUUCGAAAUGAUGAGGAACCCUAUGCCUGGCGCAUUUUAGUUCCCAGAGGUGAAUUCAUUCAAUUGAGCUUUCACGAAUACAACAAGGGGUUAAAUCUUUAUGAUGGUUAUGAUGAAACAGCACUUUUGGUUGACAUACUUCCAUCUCCUUGGCGUUUUGUAUCAAGUUCGAAUGUGGUCUACUUACAAACGGACAACGACAAUUUCGAAACAUUCUCUAUAUUAUGGAAUACCACCACGAACAAACCUCUCGACAGCAAUACAACACUGACCAAAUGUCAUUCAGAAGAAUUUAUAAAAGUGCAUCGUUUUAAUGCCAUUCGAGUUAUUUCACCUGGCUAUCCCAAAGGCUAUGAGCAUGGUCUUCAUUGCGAUUGGAUUUUCAAACCAGUUAAUCCUAUAGAACAUGUCGCAGUAGCUCUGUAUGAUGUUGACCUAGAAACCACAGGCGAUUGCUCUGCGGAUUAUCUGAAAAUUUCUACAUCCGUUGAGUUAGUGUCUUGGCAUAAACAAGAACAGUUGUGUAAUGGUUCCAAUGUUCGCAAAUGGAUGAAAGAAUCUCCCUUUCUAUGGGUACAUGGUACACCACACAUUAAAUUGGAUUUUGUGACAGAUAUGUCCGUUAAUCGUACUGGAUUCCUAGCUAAAGUUGUGGCCAAAUGUGGUUCCAACAUGACCGAUUCCGUUGGUUUCAUAGAUGGCAGUUUGUUGUAUGAUUUCAAUGAUGGUCCUAAUACCCAGUGUAUUUGGCAUGUCAACGUUAAGCCGGGUAAACGUAUACGCGUGCAACUGGAUUAUCCCAGAGUUACACUUGACAAAGACGAUUUUGAUGAAGAGUGCAGUACACAUGCGAUGCUUUACGAUGGUGUAGAUGAUCAUGCACCACUCAUAUCACCCGGAAGAUUAUGCUAUCCGCAAAAUAUCACCUCAAUCCAUGUAAAUUCCACCAGCAACCAUUUGACCAUCAAAUAUAAACUAAAUCUGGAUAAGAUAAGUGCAAAACUUUCACGUACUAAGUUCUGGAAUCUGACAUAUCGCGAAUAUUCCGAAUGUAGUGAAGAAAUACGUUUAAUACCACAAGCUUCAGUGAUAAAUAUCACCUCGCCACUGUAUCCCAAUGUGCCACAUCCACAUACUGAGUGCGAGUGGCGAAUAGUGGCACCCCAAGGAGAAAUAAUUGAAGUAGAGUUCUUAGAGCGUUUCGACAUGAAUUCCAGAUAUUGCUCUCAGGAAUAUCUAGAACUCUUUGAUGGUUCUACUUCAUUAUCGCGAAAUUUAGGACGUUACUGCCGUAAACCUUCUAACUUAAGGACCACACAAAAUAUAUUGUACAUGCACUAUCUGACGGACAUAGCGGAACCUCGCAAUGGAUUUAAGGCACGAAUUUCAAUUAGCCGGUGUGGUGGUACAUACACAGAAAACUUUGGCAAUAUUAUGUCUCCCGGAUACCCGGCAUCAUAUCCAUCAUCUACACAGUGUGAUUUUGUCAUUAACUUACAAGGCAAAAGCCUAAUACGCUUAAAUCUCAUUGAUAUAAAUCUGCCCUUCGACGAAACUAAACUGAGCUCAUCCGACCAUUUGGAAAUUAUUACCAUAGAUGGUGCUGAUGCUAAUAUUCCACCCAUAAUGGUAUAUGGCAAUACUACAAAUAGAACUGAAUUCCUGAUUGCAUCCAAUAAGGCCAUUAUACGAUUCCAUACCUUCUUAAAAACAGUCAACUAUAGAGGAUUUUCAAUGAAAUUCAAUUCGGAUAGUACCUAUUGUUCCAAUACAAUAAAUGGUGUUUCCGGCCAGAUUACCAUGAACCUUGCAGCUAAGCCUCACUAUCAGAAUACAUGCACUUGGAAGAUUACUGUGCCUAAAAAGCAAAGAGUUCGUUUGGAUUUUCUAAAUAUGGAAGAUAUAAAGGAUCAAAAUUUGACAACCCCAUUCCGUAUUUCCCUUUUUAAUAAUUUCGAUUUAACCUCAGAAAUUACAUCAUUCACAACUAGUACGUUUAAUCCCAAUACUGUCCUACAAUCAACGGAUAACUUGAUGUAUUUGAAAAUCGUGGUACCAAGAUCUGAUUCAAUAUUGCGACCUUUAAAAGCCCGUUAUAGCUCAAAUGAGGAAUCUCCCUGUCCGACCGAUAUAGACGAAGAGCAUAGUAUAGGUUCAAUAAAUAUACCUGGCUUGGAUACCGUCUUCAGUGACAAUUUCUAUUGUGGAAUUAAAAUAAAACUGAAUGAAGGUGAGACCAUAGCAUUCAAUAUCUCCACACUUGUUGUCACUGGUAACGGAAGAAUGGGAUUAUAUAAGAAUCCAUUAAUAUUUAAGGACCUCUAUUUGAACACAUAUUAUGGUAAUAAUCUAACCGAUUACAUACAUGCACAAUCCCAACCUACGGGUUCUCUUUCGAUCAAUCAAAAUGCCGCUAGUCGCAUACAGAGAUUGAAGAUGUCUUAUAGGAAGUAUCCAUGUGGCGGUGUAGUCACUGUCGUAAACACUGGCAAGGAUAUUAACUAUCCUCAAGGAAAUACAAACUAUAACGGGAGACAAAUCGUAUGUGUGUGGACCUUAGUGAAACCAUUUGUAUCGUAUGGGACGGACAAGAGCAGAGAAUUUAAAUUAAUCGGAAAUUUCUCAUUCACAGAAUCUUGUGAGAAUGAGUAUGUUGAAAUAAUUGAGGGUCAGUGGAUGAACCGUACCUCAGCUAGAAAGAUUUGUAAAGACAGUUCCAUUGAUAAUUUUGAAUACUUAAUAUCAAAGCGUAAUACCUUCCUGGUAUACAGUUCCAGUCAUUAUCGUGCGGAAAAAUCAGCUUUUGCCUUGAGAAUAGAGAAGAGCCUCUCGUGCUCUAGUGAAACUAUGGUCGAUAUGACCACUUCCUCCAUUAGGAUUGACCAGACUUCCUAUAAGAACAAUCAAGAGUGCUCUUGGAUAUUCCAUACCAAACCGGGUCUAUAUCUGCAAGUGCAGUUUCUGGGCAGAUUCUUUAUUGAGAAUUCUCCCAACUGUACAAAGGACUAUUUGGAAAUUCAGCGUGACAGCGACGGACUUUGGAUGCCCGAGGCACGUUUUUGCGGUAGGGAGGUACCAUCCGUAUAUAAUUCAACUUCAAAUCGCCUUCAGCUUAUAUUCCGUACAAAUGAAAAUGUAACUACUGAAGGUUUCGAGUUUGUUGUUCAAACUCAUUGUUACUUGGAGGUGAAUGUUACUUCAACCCAACCACAAUUCAUUGUAAGUCCACCAAACAAUGCCAGAAGUUGGCGUAGACUGCAUUGUCAAUACAUGUUCAAAGCAAAUGAAACCGAUAAACGAAUAGUUGUCCGAGCAAAGUUUGACAACCAACCUAUGGUCUUUGUUCGAGACUCUUGUAGACUGGGUUUAAUGACGGUCAACAAACGUGAUGAAAAUGGACUUGACAUGUUGGGAACGCAACAUUGUCAGCUCGAAUUGGAAGAGAGAGCUUACAAUUAUCUACGUUUUACAUAUGAUUCGUAUGUAGGACAGAAAUUCACUUUGGAAUAUGCCUACGAUACGUGCGGUGGCAAUUUGACAGCACCCACUGUCAUACGACCUCUAAAACAUGAAACGGAAAAUACUUAUGACGAUAACAUGAAUUGCAUCUGGUACAUAACAGCACCGCCCGAACACUCCAUUGCUGUGAGAUUUAAAUAUUUUUCCACUGAAGAGAAUUACGAUCAUCUUAGCAUUUAUAGCGGAGUUCAAAUUAAAAAGGAAAAACUUGUGGCCAAGUUAAGCGGCAACUACUCCACCAAUACCCCUAUAGUUGUAGAUAGUAAUCAGGCAGUUAUAAAUGCCAUUUCGGAUAGUUCGGGCUCGGGAAAGGGUUUUGAAGCCCACAUUGUAUUUAUAGCGAAUUGCAAUGAGCGCAUUUCACUCACCGAAGGCAAUUCUCCCUUAACAUUGGUUCGCGUUUUGAAAAUCAACUCUAGCGAAGAGUACAUAUGUAAUUAUCGUAUAACCGCUCCCAAGGAUUAUCGCAUACGAGUCGAGAUUAAAAAGUUACAAAUAAAUACCGCCAACUCAACGUGUCAAAAUCGCCAAAUGAAAUGCGAAAAUAAUUGCAAUUAUUUGGAAAUAUUUGACAAUCCAACAACAUAUGAUGUGUCUUUUGGUAAAUUUUGUUCUCCGUCCAGCACGAAUACGACGUUUAUUAGUUCCCAUGAGUUUGCCUCAAUAAAAUUGAAUGCCGAUAAACCGGGUCAAUAUAAUUUUGAAAUAAUCCUUAAAAUGGAAAAGACAGAAUGCGGUCUCACCGAAUACAAAUUGGGUGAUAAUGAGAAAUAUAAAUUCACAUUCCCGCCCAAUGGAUUAGCUAAAUAUGGAGCCAAUGUUCAUUGCACUUGGCGCUUGAUUUCUUCAAACCAAUUGGAAUUCUUGUUCAAUUACAUGGACUUGCAAAAUAAAUCACAAGUCACGGACAAAUGUUUGGAUUAUAUAAAUAUUAGAGAUACCUAUGCUGUAAAUAAUUUAUGCGGUAAAGCUAAAAAUUUCACUAUUAUCUCCAAUAAAAGUUACCAGGAUUAUGUGGACAUAACAUUUCACAGUGAUUUCACAGAGGAGGGAAAAGGUUUCGAGUUUGUUGUUCAAAGAAUUGAUGCUUGUAAUCGUACUUAUAAUUUGCUAAGUAAGAAUAUUGAAUAUCGGGGAUAUGGAAAGGAAAACGAAGUUUGUAUGGAUACCAUAGUAGUGCCAGAGAAUUAUACACUAAACUUUUUCAUCACUUCGCUAUAUUUCAAAAACUAUGACUGUACUAAGUUGCACUUUAAGAUAAUUGAUCUCAAAACAAAUGAAACUUUAUUAAAUCGUUGUCAAAAUGCUUACUUAACUAUCAAUUUAUACACCAAAACCAAUGCCGUUCGCAUUGAGGCAGCAGAGUAUACGACGCUAUCCAUGGUAUACUCAGCAAGUGAUCGUAAUUUAAAACCCGGUUGUGGUGGAAUAUUUACAUCUAAUGAGGCACAAUUCACCAGCCCGGACUUCGAAAACGAUCGUAAUUUUUCGGAAUGUCGCUGGGAUAUUAUAACACCCGUUACUAGUCUUAAAAAUUUACAAUUUUAUGAUUUCGAUAUGGGAGCAAUUACUAAUUGCCAUUUGGAUAAUGUUAAAAUUGUUGAAAUUUUGCCCAAUGGUACUGAAAAACUACUAAAAACUCUAUGUGGCUCCAAUGCACCGGAUAAUAUAAAAUCAAGCAGUGCCCAUGUAGCAAUUAUUUCUAAAAAAUCACCGAAUUUCGAUGGUAAAGGCUGGACAUUGAGCUACAGUACUUUAAAUUAUGAAACGGAACGAAGUGGAUUUGUUAUAAAUAAUCAUUAAAUUAAAAAUUAUUAUUAUAACUCUGUUCUAAAUUAAGAAUUUGUGUUGGCAUUUCUGAAAAAUAAAAAUGUUAUUGCUAUUCAACUUUAUAAUUCAGUGAAGUAUUUUGUAAGAAAUUUAUUGCAAUCCAAUUAAAAUUUUGAUACAAAUUUUAGUUUUAGAAACUCAAUAAAUAUGUAAUAUGUAAUAAAA